AAUGGAUAAAUAACGACGCUCUUACCAGUUCAUUUGUCAGUUUCAGGAGAGACUGGUCAUGUACCUUCUAGAGUUUACAAACUCUGUUAGUAUCACUGGUUUCAAUACUUUGUACACACAAUAGUUUUCAAGUGCUAGUGAGUUUGAAGAAUGUCAAACCGCCAAGAUUCGCCCGGCGAGAAUCGUGACAAGUUCAGGUUCGCCAUCGAUCGAGGUGGGACCUUCACAGACGUUUACUCAGAAUGUCCCAACGGAGAAGUAAGAGUGAUGAAGCUGCUGUCAGUUGAUCCUGCAUAUCCUGAUGCACCUAGGGAAGGAAUAAGACGGAUUCUAGAACAGGUGACAGGAGUAAAGAUGCCUGCAGAUCAGCCAAUUGAUCCAAAGUACAUUGAGUGGAUAAGGAUGGGGACCACAGUGGCUACAAAUGCUCUGUUGGAACGAAAGGGAGAAAGAAUGGCUCUGGUUAUUACUGAAGGAUUCCAUGAUUUGUUGCAUAUUGGCAAUCAGACAAGACCUAAUAUAUUUGAUUUAAAAGUUAUAUGUCCAGAGGUACUGCAUGAAGAUGUUAUUGUUGUGAAAGGUAGACUGGUUUUAGAGCAAGAUGACAGUAAAAUUCAAAGACCACAAAACUGUAAAAUAGUGUCUGGAAGUACUGGGCAAAAGCUUGAAGAGUGGGAACCUUUGGACAAAGGAAAGCUUAGAAAAGACCUACAGAGAGUCCUUGAUAAAGGAAUCAAGAGUUUAGCUGUUGUGCUCAUGCACUCUUACAUGUAUGAUGUACAUGAAAGAGAAGUUGGUGAAAUUGCCCUAGAGAUGGGUUUUGAUCAGGUGUCACUCUCUUCUACAAUAAUGCCCAUGGUUAGGAUUGUACCCCGAGGUUACACAGCUUCUGCCGAUGCUUAUUUAACCCCUUGUAUAAAGAAAUAUAUCAGAGGAUUUACAGCUGGCUUUCAAGAUGGCAUCCAGGACAAAGUGUUGUUUAUGCAGUCUGAUGGUGGCUUGACUCCUGUGUCAAAGUUUUAUGGAUCAAGGGCCAUUUUGUCUGGACCUGCAGGUGGUGUGGUUGGUUAUGCAAUGACAACUUUUCACAGAGAGACAGAGCAACCAGUCAUUGGAUUUGAUAUGGGAGGAACAUCAACAGAUGUGUCUCGAUUUGCUGGUCAAUAUGAACAUGUGUUUGAGACAACAACAGCAGGAAUCACUAUACAGGCACCGCAGCUGGACAUCAACACUGUGGCAGCAGGAGGUGGAUCUCGCCUAUUUUUCAGGGCGGGGCUAUUUGUUGUUGGACCUGAGUCAGCCAGUGCCCAUCCAGGACCUGUUUGUUACCGAAAAGGUGGUCCAUUGGCUGUGACAGAUGCAAACCUGGUGCUUUGCAGGAUUCUACCUGAAUUUUUUCCAAAGAUUUUCGGUAAAAACGAAGACUUACCAUUGGAUUUCGAAGGUUCUCGGGCAGCUUUUAAGAAGUUAACAGAAGAGGUUAAUGAAUUCCUGGCCUCCCAGGACGACGGCGCAAAGAAGGAUCCUUUGACGGUGGAACAGGUUGCUAUGGGCUUCAUUACAGUUGCUAACGAGACCAUGUGUCGACCAAUCAGAGCGCUUACUGAGGCCAGAGGCCAUGACACUUCACGUCAUGUUUUGGCAUGUUUUGGUGGGGCCGGUGGCCAGCAUGCUUGCUCCAUUGCACGGUCCCUCGGAAUGUCAUCUGUGUUCAUUCACCGAUUUGGUGGUAUUCUGUCCGCGUACGGACUGGCACUAGCAGAUGUGGUUCACGAGGCGCAGGAACCGUGUGUACGUGAAUACAAUAAAGAGUCGUUUGGCUAUUUGGAUGAAAGAAUUGACUUUUUGAUGCAGAAGUGUGUCGAGGAACUUAGAAGCCAAGGGUUUGAAGAGAACCAGAUCUCCACAGAAGCAUUCCUUCAUAUGCGGUACAGUGGAACAGACUGCGCGCUCAUGUGUACUGCUGAUCCUCAGAAAGACACAAAGGAAGGAGAAACCUGUCGCCAUGGUGAUUUUGGACAGGCGUUUAAGGAACGAUACGUUCGGGAAUUUGGUUUCACGAUACCUAACAGACAGAUCCUAAUUGAUGACAUCAGAGUGAGAGGGACUGGACACUCUAAGACAUCCGUAUCACAUGAAAUACCAAAAGCGAGCACCCCUCCCCCGGUGAAAAAGACAACGAAGUGUUACUUUGAAGAUGGUUUUCAUGACACGAAGGUGUACCUCCUUGAGGAGUUGUCCGCUGGCCAGCUUAUAGAUGGACCGGCCAUUAUCGUUAACAAUACCAGUACCGUUCUUGUUGAACCACAAUGCAAAGCGUCUAUCACUUCAUCAGGAGACAUCAAGAUUGAGAUUGGAGGAAACCAAGGCAAAAAGAGUAUUGGAACAGAACUAGAUGCGAUUCAGCUUUCCAUAUUUUCCCAUCGUUUCAUGAGUACAGCUGAGCAGAUGGGCAGAGUUCUUCAGCGUACAUCAAUUUCAACUAACAUCAAGGAGCGACUCGACUUUUCCUGUGCUAUGUUUGGACCAGAUGGAGGCCUGGUUGCCAAUGCCCCACACAUCCCAGUUCAUCUCGGUUCCAUGCAGGAAACUGUGCAAUAUCAGAUUCGCACUUUGGGAGAUGAUCUGAAGGAAGGUGAUGUUUUACUCAGUAACCACCCGAGCGCAGGCGGAACACAUCUUCCAGAUUUAACUGUCAUCACCCCGGUUUUCUAUCCUGGUCAAUCAAAGCCCGUGUUCUUUGUCGCAAGCCGUGGCCAUCAUGCAGAUAUCGGAGGAUCUGCUCCAGGGUCCAUGCCGCCUGAUUCACAUUCCAUAUUUGAAGAAGGAGCCGUGUUCAAAUCAUUUAAAAUAGUUAAAGAAGGUGUCUUUCAAGAAGAAGCACUGAUUGAAAAGCUUAUGGAGCCCAGCAAGCAUCCCGGAUGCAGUGGAACGCGCAAUCUCCAUGACAACCUGUCUGACCUUAAGGCCCAAGUGGCGGCUAAUCAUAAGGGAAUCAAACUGAUUAGUAGCUUGAUAGAAGAAUACAGCCUGCCCGUGGUGCAGGCAUACAUGAAGUAUAUUCAGCAUAAUGCCGAAGUUGCUGUUCGAGAAAUGCUGAAAGAUAUUGCUGCAAAAACUAAGGAACGCACCGGAAAGACAGUACUAUCCGCCGAGGAUCACAUGGAUGAUGGAUCGCGCAUUAAACUUACAAUUUCCAUCGACGAGAAAGAGGGCAGCGCAGUAUUUGACUUCACAGGAACUGGGCCCGAGAUGUACGGGAACUGUAAUGCACCUCGCGCCAUCACCUUUUCUGCCAUUAUUUACUGUCUGCGGUGCAUGGUCAAACACUCGAUACCGCUGAACCAGGGUUGUUUGGCGCCAGUAAAAGUGGUUAUUCCGCCUGCUAGCGUUCUGGAUCCAACGGAAACUGCGGCAGUUGUUGGCGGGAACGUAUUGACCAGUCAGCGAGUUGUUGACGUGGUGCUGAAAGCCUUUGAAGUGUGCGCUGCGUCACAGGGAUGUAUGAACAUAACCGCGUUUGGAGAUCAGCAUUGCCAGUAUAUUGAGACAAUCAGUGGUGGAUCCGGGGCGGGACCCACAUGGGACGGACGCAGUGGAGUUCAUGUCCACAUGACAAACACAAGGAUCACAGAUCCAGAGAUAAUCGAAAGAAGGUUUCCAGUGAUUCUGCGCCGUUUUCAUCUUAACCCCGGUACUGGUGGGAAUGGUUUUCACAGGGGUGGUGACGGUGUUAUACGCGAGCUGCUGUUUAGAAAAGAGCAAGUUCUUUCUCUUCUCGGUGAGAGAAGAGCAUUUCGACCUUAUGGACUGAAAGGCGGUGAACCGGGCAGUCCAGGUUUAAGCCUGCUACUUAAGUCAGAUGGUCGAAUGAUAAAUCUCGGAGGCAAAGCAUCGGUCAAAAUGAAGCCAGGGGACUGUUAUCGUGUCCAGACUCCUGGAGGUGGUGGUUACGGAACACCAACAGGAAAUUUGGGACAAGAAAAUAGUGUGGGUGACCCCCCGUCAAGAAGUGACCAGGAAAAACCUCAACAUUUUGCUGCGUGUGGAAGCUUACACAACUACAAGAUGAUGCAAGAGUCGGCUUAAUGAUAUAGACGCUAUUCAGUACUGAACCAACCAAUCCAACAAUUCUUAUCUCUCGCUUUAAUCUUUCAUCUCACUGAAUAGAGGGCUCAGAUUCAAAUUAAAUUUCAUAAUAUUGACGGUACCUGCAAAAAUUCAACAUUAGAGCGUGAAAGAUAAUUUCUUUUCCUAAGCCUCGGUUGCAAAAUUUAACGGCGGUUAACGGAAGGUGCGAAGACGAAGAAAGAACGCCUGGUGACAGCCGUGGCAGGAAAAGACAGUACAAUUUUUCUGGUGGAUCAACUUUGUCGCCAGGGCCUUCUCUGUUGUCAAAAUUACGGCGGGUCGAAGGUAAACGAGAAGCUCCUGGGGACGGGUCUAAUGCGCGAUGUUUGUAGUGUUACGUCAUCAGCUGAUUUAGAAUUUCUUUGGGAGAUCUGACAACUGUUCAGUGCAAUUGAGCUGAGGAAAGAAUUUGAUCCAAUACAGGGGAAGAACUUACAGCUUUUUCACUUUCGUUAAGGGGAUUGCUCGUUUUAGUGGUCAUUAUAAAGUGUGGGUGGUUAAUUUUUAGUAGUUCAGAAAGGAAGAAUAACAAUAUUGCACUGAAAUUUAGAAAAACCAUAAUUUAUUGCAAAGCACAAAUCGUUCAACUUGGAGUACGGGGGUUGACAAGUUUUUAGGUAUCCACCGAUCAAAACUUUUACGCAUGGUUAUCAUAUAAGGAUCAUUUAAUAAAGAAAGAGUAGGUUGAAAUAACAACAGAGGGCAGUCACCACUAGCUUGAAAAAAAAUAAAAACAAAAGCAAAGUAAAAUAAACAAAUAACAGAAAUGGAUUCAUUCAAACAAUUUUAAUUCUACCUUCGGUCAAUGUCUCAUUUUGAAUGAAUAUAACUGAGUUCUAAAUUUCUCAGCAUUUAAGUCUCUAAAAUGUCAUGCUGGAUUUUUUGUCAUAGCAAUGAUAAAGAUAACACGAAUGAACAUAACCUGAGAUUUUUUUCAGGUUGGCAGGAUUAAUUAAUUCUCCCCAAGGUAAGAUUAAGAUUAAAAUUCUUCUUUGUUUCUUCGAAGUUUA